AUGGAAAACGAUAAUCAAGCCAUUGAUAGUCAAAUCCAAGGUAAGUAAUCUCUCUUAACGAAGAAAAAAAAAGUGAGAGACGUUACUUUAAAAGAAAGGUCGAGGCCAUUAGAAUAGGUAUUUGAAUUAUUUUUAUUUAGCGAUACUGAACGAAGGCAAUAAUGAAAUGGUGGAAAGUGAGAUUGAAGAUAAGACUAGACUAGGAAGGGUUUUGAAAGGUGUUACGAGUGGCGGGUCUUUAGUUUUAGAGUAAACUAAAUAAAUAAAUAAUCCGAAGGGAGCCGAAGGUAGUGGACAUAGCCGAAGGGAGGAGAAGGUAGUAAACAUAGUCGAAGGCAACCGAAGGUACCCUAAGACCUCGGAAUGAACCCAAAGGCAGCCGAAGGUAACUAACAUAGCCGAAUAUGGUCGAAGGUACCCUAAGACCUUGGAAAGAACCCGAAGGGAGUCGAAAGAUCCCGACGACCUAAAAAGAACCGGAAGUUAGUGAAAUGAACCGGAAGUAAGCGAAAAUAACUCUCGUUUUCUAUUUUUUAUAGAUUUAAUGGGCUCCCAGGACAAUGAAUUAUUCUUAGCCGCCUCUCGCCCAUACGAGCAACAGGGUGGGAACCCUAUCUUUCGGGCCAUCUUUACCCAAGCAAGCAGAAACCGCUCGUUUCGCGGAAUAGUGCAUCAAAAGAAGUUUCGCCUAACAUUUCUUCAACUUCGAACCCCAGAAGAAAACAAACCACUCGGCGAAGCUUUAACAGAAGCGAUUCGCCAAGGACUGCAGCAAGUAGUCCAGGCAGAAAACAUCAAUCCUGCACAAUAUUCGCUGCUUGUUGCCAUCUAUUCCAAUUCCCUCACCAACAUAUGGGCCCAGUCCGCCAGAAAUGUACCCUUGAAUGAAUGGUUAAACAAUCAGAAAUGUGCCAGAGCUUAUUUGGAACAGCUGGCCAGAAAACUGAAUUCUGCUCAAGUGAUUGAUCCCGAAAGAGAUGGCUUUUUUGUCGAACUGACUUUUGUCAAAACCUUUGGACAGGGAAGUCGACCUGCAAAUAAAAACCCUGGAAAAAUGGCCUCGGAAAAGAUGGCAAAAACAAACCGAUGCGUCCUUCAAUUAAAAACAACCACGAUCUUUGCCUAGCCCGCGCCAUCGUGACUAUGAAGGAGCGUUCUGACGGUGGCUCCCAAUACCAAAAUCUGAGAAAAGGAAAACUCAUCCAAGAACGUUUUUCCUCGGCUGUUACAUCAAAGGGUCACCACCGAAAUCCAAAAAGCUGUAGAACUGGGGUACCGUGUUUUAAAGAUCCACGAAGUGUGGCAUUUUCAAGAACAAGAUCGACAAACUGGUCUGUUCGCGGACUAUGUCAACACUUGGCUUAAGAUCAAGCAAGAGUCAGCGGGCUGGCCAGAUGACUGUCGCACCCCAGAAGAGAAGCAGAAUUACAUCAGACGGUACCAAGAGCGGGAAGGGAUCACCCUUGAAAACGUCGCCAAAAACCCGGGAAGGAAACAAGUGGCCAAAAUGAUGCUCAACUCGUGAGUAUUUGUUUAUGUUUACAAUAACGUAACAUGCAGUAAAAGUCUGCAUUUUAACCUUGUUAGUGGCAGCAAAAGUCUGCAUUUAAGAAACACCGUGUUGAAAGAAAGUGCAAACACUCUUUGACCUAAAAAUAUAAAGGAAAUGUAUGAAAACAAAGCAGAAAAAGUCUGCAUUUUAACGUUGUUAUUUGUAGGAAAAGUCUGCCAUCUAAGAACACCUCUAAUAUGUUUUACGUUCUUUUUUUUAACCAGCUUUUGGGGAAAAUUUGGCGAACGAAAUAAUAAACCCAGUACCCAGUACAGCCUUUUAAAAGACCCCAGUUACCACAUCAGCAACAUACGCGUGUGUUCAGAAGACGUGUUGGAGGUCGUGACUACCCGUGCAGAGGAACAAGUGGAACAGAAUCUGAAGACCAACAUCUUUGUGGCCGUCUACACCACUGCCCAUGCUUGCCUGACCCUGUACUCAGCCUUAGAAACCCUUCAGCAACGUGUCUUUUAUUAUGACACGGAUUCCGUGAUUUACAAAUGGCGCCCCGGUCAAGUAGAAAUUCCCUUGGGUGUUUUUUUAAGAGAUUUUACAGACGAAAAGGACGGAGAUCCCAUCAUAGAAUUUGCUAGUGGGGGACCUAAAAAUUAUGGGUAUCUUACCAGGGGAGGGAAAGUGGAAUGUCAAGUCAGAGGGUUUUCUCUGAAUUACCGAAAUGAGUUGUCGUUAAACUUUUAUGCCUUGAGGGAUAACAUUUUAAAAGAAUUGGAUGACCCUCAAGAGGAAAGGCGAACCAUCACGUUUGUCGAUAAGAAUUUCUUUAAUAGGGACCAAACCAACAAAUGUAUUCGUCUGAUAGAAAGGGAGAAACAAUAUGGCUUAGUGUUUGAUAAGCGAGUGAUUGACCGAACCACUCGAAUGUCCUAUCCCUAUGGAUACGUUGGCAUUCGAGGCAAAGUGGACAUGUUGUUAGAGUUGUAA